AUGACUUUUUCAUAAAAACAUUAUCACUUUGUUAAUUCAAUGUAGGCCUAUAAUAAAGAGAAGUUUAAAAUAUUAAUAAAUUUGAUUUAUUUAUGCAAUUAAAAAAGCUAAUAAUAGAGAAAUACAAAAAAGUAAGUAUUUAAUUUAUAGCAACAUCAUCAAGGGAAAGAUUAAAUUUAAAAGUAUUGAUAUUGGUGAUAAAUGCAUAUAAAUCAGCAAUAUUUGCGAUAGUUGGUUUAGUGAUUUGGGGAAUCCUGAUGUUGGUAAAUCUAUAAUGAUAAAUUAAUUAAGAUAAACAAAGCCAAAAUUAAAUAAAAUUAAAUAAAAGGAAAGCAAUAGCAAAUUUAACAGUGAGUCCUUAUACUACUAAAAAUGUAGUAGGGAUGAAAAUAUAUGAUAAACCAUUAGCUUAUUUAGUUGAUACAGUAGGAGUGAUGAUUCCAAAUACUACAUAAGAAGAAUAAGGAAUCAAAUUAGGAGUAAAACAUAAUAAAUAAUUUUUAAAUAGUUGAUUGGAGGCAUAAAAAAUAUAAUAAGAAAUAGAAUUUUAGACAAUUUAGUGAAUUAAUAAUAAAUGGAAAAGUAUAUGUAAAAUUUAUGGUUUAAAUGAAAGACUUAAAACAGGUGAUUAAUAUAUAUUGGCUAUAAGUGUGAAAAACAAUCAUUAUAAAUAUGAAACAGCAAUAGAUUUGAUAUGA